UAUGAACUGAAAGGGAAUGUUUUGACAAUUCUUACUCUCUGCUUUCAGCUACCCAUCCCUUGGGAAUGCAGGCAAGCAUGGAUGCUUUUAUGGAGUCGUGCAGUGCUGACAAUAUUAAUUGCACUUCUCAUGUAACUGUGUCUGAAGUGAUAGAAGAAGAGGAUGGUGAUAACACAGAGCGUGCCUGUGACACACUGCUCAUGUGUAUAGUCACAGUGCUGAAUCAUGGCCUGAGAAAUGGAGGUGGUGUGGGCGACAUCCUCAGGAAACCAUCAAAAGAUGUGAGUUCAUUUUGGGCAACUUCUGUAAGGAACAGCUGGCUGACAGUUAAUACAAGCAUCCGUGUAAAGCAAGAAUGGACAGCCUUCAGAUGUCUCAGG